UCUGAUUAAACACCUGAUACGCCUCUUUUAUAAAUGCAGGUAAAUACAUGACCUUCAUCAUGGAUCCUUUACUGUAUCCCACCAUCAUCAAGCAAGGCCGGCAGCUGGACUUCCACGAGUUCUCCAACAGGGUGGCGCCCUUCGCCUUCGGCUACCCCCCUGUCACCAGCGAGUUCCCCGGCCUGCAGGAGCAGAUCACACGCGGCUUCAUCCUCCUCCAAGGGGACAACCUCGCGCCCCUGACAGAGAGCAUGAUGGGUAACCUGAUGCUGGUGUUUCGUCAGGACUACCUGGACCAGGAGAGCAGCUGGAAGACCGCCUACAUGUACAAGUUCUGCAACUCGAUCAUGUUCGAGGCGACCUUUCUCACCAUGUACGGCAAGCCGCCGUCCGCCAGCCGCCACAGCGGCAUGAGCGUCCUGGAGACGGACUUCGUCAAGUUCGACAAGAUGUUUCCGCUCCUCAUCGCUCAGAUCCCCAUCUGGCUGCUGGGACGGACCAAGGCGAUCCGCGAGAGGCUCAUCAACUACUUCCUGCCGCACCAGAUGUCUUGCUGGUCACAUUCGUCAGAGUUCAUCAGGAUGCGAUCCGAGAUGUUUGAGCAGUACGACACGCUGAGGGAUUACGACAAAGCAGGUAGAUGAUGAGCUGCUGUCCAACACGUUUCUGCUGUCCGACCUCGAGCGGCUCAGCUGUGGUCAGAGGUCAACACCCAUCAUGGGCGUGAACCUGUCAUUUCCAGUUUUGGCUCCAUGAUGAGAUUUAUUUAUGGUGGAGCUCAUUUAAAUUGGACCGACUCGGCUUUAAAGCUGUUGCAGAAGCGUAACGUCAGCCUGCUUUGUGUUUGCAGCUCCUGAUGGAUUUGCACCACAGGCAGCUCAACAGCCCACAAUAUUGACAAUAACU